AUUGACCCGAACCAGAAGACUCUGUUUUCGCGUGCUCAACUGCUGGCGAAACGCGCGAUCGGCAAAUCGACCUUCUCCAACUCACGUGAAGUUACCGCUAAUUUCCGUCUCAAACCUGGUUCCUAUGUGGUCAUACCAAGCACAUUCGAACCGAAUCAGGAGGCUAAAUUUAUAGUGCGUGUGAUCUGCCAAGUCGCUAUGACCGAUUGCGAACUGGAUGAAGACAACACCCACCAAAACAUUCCGACUGAUGUCAUUGAAGCCAUGAAGCUGGAAGAUAUGGUACUGAACGAGGACCAAAUGAUCGAGCAAAAAUUCAACGAGAUCUGCGAUCCGCAAUUCAAGGCGAUCAAUGCAGUUCAGUUGGGUAUCCUGUUGAACGGCAGCACGCUACAAGACAUGCCUGGCUUUACGGGAUUCACGAAAGAAAUGCUCCGCAGUAUGGUCGCUGCUGUGGAUAGUAAUUUGACAGGUAUGGUCGAGCUGCCUGAAUUCAUGGAUUUGUGGACGAAGGCUAAGGGCUGGAAGAUGAUCUUCCUGAAACACGACACAGACGGUAGUGGAUUCUUCCGUGCUCAUGAGUUCCGAGAGGCCCUCACGACAGCUGGUUACAAUGUGAGCAACAAAUUGUUCAAUGCUUUGGUCCAUCGUUAUCAGGAUCCUGACACAGAACGCAUGUGUUUCGAAGACUUCAUGCUCUGCUCUAUCCGACUGAAGAAUAUGUUUGACAAUGCGGCAGCGCAGCCCAAGAAUACCGAAGGCGAAGCAAUAUUCAGCAAGGAAGAUGUAAGUUAA